GCGCGGGCACAAGACCGCCUAGAAAAAAAGUGAAAAAGCAAUUGGGUGCUCCUGUUAGCGCCACCGCUACCACUGCACCUGCGGCGACCACGACAACCGUCGCUCCUACCACGGCUCCGGCGGUUGUUCCUCCUGCGGCAUCGAACUUAAACCAUACCGGAAGUCUAUUAAUAAAUAGUCAAACGUCAGCGAAUUCCACGGCUUCAACCGCAGCAUCGGCAACGAAACCAGCAGUCACGCAACCUAGCAAUAAUCCAACCGAACAAGUGCUGACCGGAGUAGGCUCAACGACGACAGCUCCCAGUAGCCAAGCUACAGCAGGAGCAAUCAAUCAACAGCCACUUCCACUGACAGCAGCAAGUCCAGCAGCGGCGUCGGUAGCAGUAUCCACUGUAUCAUCGUUAGUAAUGCCAACGCCCCCGGUAGCAAGUCACAGUUCAAUGCCGGCACAGCCCUCGCGACCGAGUUCAUUGGCGACGGCGGUGCCCGCGAAAAAGACGCCGAUAAUACCGCCCACGAUAGCCUCGGCAGCACCCACACCAGUCGCACCAGCGGUCGCGGCCACACAGUCGAUUCCCACGACCACAGCGACGACGAUAGCCAGUGUGCCACCAGCGCCGGUCACCUCACCCCUCGUUGCCCCGCAGCCACCGGUCAGUUCCUUUUCCAGUGCCAGUGCUCCCAUCAGCCAACAUGACUCCAUCGCACAGGAUCUCAUGCAGGCCAACUUCAAUGCUAUAGUGUCUGCGCCAAUAUCGCAAAGUGCCCUGGAACAAUCGCUUGUCUCGUCAAUGAUGAACACCAAAAUACCAGCAUCUACCAACAAUAUGAAUUUGUUGUCUCAAGACGUGAAAAACAUGAUGGGCGGUCUUGGGCUUGGCAAUCUCAACAUGAACUUCCAGCAAAGCCUUUCGCACAUGGCCAUGGCGAAUCAACUUGAUAGUAUUAUCAACGUCUCUUCACCACUCAAUAUUCAAAACAGCCAUAUGAUCACGACGAUGGGUCAUCAUCAGCAGCAGCCUCAACAACAUUCGAAUGGCUUCUCGAAUAUGAAAAGGGACUCGCCACCGAAUAUGUUGAACAACAAUGGCAUUCCUGGUCUGGGCAUGAAUCUUAAUAUGGGCAUGGCAUCAAUAUUCGAUCCACAUCCUAUGGUUAUGCCUAUGAAUUUGCCACCGCAGCUGUCCAUGAAGAAGGAUGACAAAAUGGCUAUGGCCCAACAACAGAUGCCACAGAAGAUGGAUGAAAUGGGUGUUCUUGGGCUAUCGCAAAUGACCAACCACUCGAAUGCUCAAAUAAUGCCCGAGAAGAAGAUGACGCCGCCUGAUUCAAAGAAUCCAACUGCCAACUUCGCAUCGGCUUUUAAAAAUAAGACCGUGGAGCAAAAUGUUAAAAAUGCAUCAUCGUGGUCUUCUUUAGCCCAAGCUUCAAGUCCACAGUCAGCUGCAGGUACGAGUGCAAAGAACGCAACGCGGGACACGUUCCAAGCAUUCAAGAAGCAAGCCAAGGAAAAGCAAGAUAGGCAACGAGCGUUGGCAGAGCAACAAGAAAUGCGUCGCCAGCAGAAGGAGCAAGCAGAACGCGAACGACUGCGUCAGGAGAACGAGCGUCGCCGCGAGAAAGAAGAAGAUCACGCGAUGGAUAAGUCACGCAAGACGUCACCGACCUCCUCGGCGUCACCGGUCACGCAUCAGCAUUCGCAACAGUCAAGCGCAAGGCCGGAAGCGAUGCAAAAGACUGCAGCCGACGUCGCGGAGACAGAUAGUAGUAGUCCAAGCCAAUCGGCUGGUGCCGACAAGGCUGCUGCUGAGAGGGAAAGACAGAGGCUUAGGGAACAGGAAAGACGUCGACGUGAGGCGAUGGCUGGUCAAAUCGACAUGAAUAUGCAAAGCGACCUGAUGGCCGCCUUCGAGGAGUCGCUGUAAUGUGAGACAAGGCGACGAGUGGAGCAAGGAUUAUUACGGAAGAAUAAAUAAAACUGUGCGUGUGUGUGCUAAACGAUUACGAAAAAGAAAAUGUGUACAGACUAAUAUUUUCGACGCGCAGCGCGUGUGCGAGAUACUCACACACACACACUCACACACAAUUAUGCCUCUGACUCCAAUCUCGAUAUUUAUAUUCGCACUCGAAUAUAAUAUAUGCAACAAUACACGGACACACUGCCGAGGCACAUCUAUUAUUUCUUCUUGUUUCUCUGCUAUGAGAAUUCCUGUCCAGAAAAGUGACCAACCAAUUAUUCUGUGUUUCUGCGUGUGCAGCCGUGUGAAGCCGUGUGAAAAGCCUCAUUGCUAUAUAUACUUACACUGACUACAUUGUAAUGAUUGUUUUUCGACGUUUUUCCGGUUUUCAUAAGUUUGUACUUUAUGUAAAUUUGAAGACAGAGUAUGUGUGAGAGAGCGAGAGAUAUAUUUCAAGUGCGUGAAUUUUUUUGUUUCUUUUCGCGAGAAAACGAUUAAAAAGAAGCAAGUGACAAAAUAAACAAUUGUAGAAAUAAAUAUUAUAACAGAAAAAUACCAAUGUGUUUUUGUGCGUUAGUCGAGCGAGAGUCUAUACGUUUGAGAGUACCAAGAAUGCGUGUGUGAAUAAGAAUUGAUGUAAGGCGUUUAUUAAUGGAGGCGAAAAUAAGAUAAAAAACGUUCUGUACAUUUAGUUAAGUUUUAUAUUUUUCCACAUUUCAGUCAUUGAUCGUUGUUAGGAUUAUUAUAGCUAGUUUUUUCUGCCAAUAACUAAAGGAAUAAUUACAAAUCGAGUAAACUUCGUGCUGUUGCUUCUCGAACGCAGACUGAAGUAAAUGGAAAAAAUAAUAACAAUUACAUAAUGCGAUAUGUCUCGCAAAACGUGAGAUAUAGUUGAAUAGAUAAAAAAUCAUGAUAAAUUCAUCGAUGAAUAACGCAUCAAAAAUGAUAUUGUCAUUGUCAGAAAUAAAAGGUGAACUUUUGUGUGAAGAGGGACGUAAGGCUGUAAAACGUUUCAAUAGUACGGGAUAUGGAUGCUCGUGGCGCCGACUAAGCAAUAUCUCGCUAAAAAUUAAUAUUUUUUCUAAUUUUUUUUAGUAUCGCUAAUAUGAUAUCGUUUAACUUUUUUACAAGCUUUUUCUUAUCCCUAUCAUUUGUGAAUACUUUUUUCGUUUGGAUGAGUAUUGCAUAUACGUUGGUUUUCUCGAGACGUGGAACUGUGUAUGAUAAAAUGGAAAUAGAAAAAAAAAUUAAUUGCUAGCUUAAUAAUGCUGAGUGACUAGCCCUAGAUUUUUUAUAUAGCUUCGAAAAAUCCCGUUCGAGAGAAUAAGCAACAAGAGAUGAAAUGAAAAAAUGAAAAUACACAGCGUCAAUUACUAUGAUUAUAAUGAUAUGUAAUAUUGAAUGUGAAAUAAUUAAACGAUCUCUCGUCCGAAAUCGAUAAAAUUGGCUUUCCUACGCGAUUGCUGUAGAAUGCGAUCAUUAAAGACUCACCCAUAUUAACGACUCAACAUAGCCGAUUAAUCGUAAGAGCCUGUACUUGAUAUGUAUGCUUAGCGAAACGAUAAAUAAACAUUCGAUGGGAGAUUUUAUUAAUUAGUCUCGAGAUUACGUGAAAUCAUUCGUGCAAAUACAUUUGGAUAAAUCGACGAAAGAUUCGAAUCCUACAGUAAUGAACGUAAGCGUUUAUUUCUCUCAUUAAACAAGCGAAGUACAAAUGUUGCAGAGAUUAUAUUAACAAUUGAAGUGUAAUAUUGUAAAUUUAUAGCGGAAUCAUUGCGAUAAAAUCUAUCUAGUUUUAAUUCUUUGAAAAUAAAUUUGGAAUUCAAAUUGUUAAGGUGUUCUUUUGCGAAAUUUUUUAGUCUAGAAAAAUGAAAAUAAACUUGUGGACGGCUUCACUAACUUUUUCAAAAUUUCUUAUUUUUCGUAAAAAUGUAAGGUUACAUUGUUUUUUUAUUGUUCGCGCCUCUUUCUUUCAAUCUAACAUGAAAAUGAAUUUACACUUUUCCUUCAAAAAUAAUGACAGGUAUAAUUGAAAACUAUUUUGAUAAAUGUAAAAAAACAGUUAAUGUUGCAACAGUUUCUUAUACGAAUCGAUUUCGUAUUUAUUCUUUCAUCAGGAAUUAUAUGUGUAUAUGUGUAUAUGUGUGUGUGUGUGUGU